AUGACUUCAAAAAUGUUUGUUGAAUCAUACGGUGAUGAGGUUUCUCGUGUAUUUACAUUGGAGAAAAGUCAAAGUCGAUCAAUUAGCUCAUUAUUUGAUCUACACUUAUCAUGGGUGACUUUUAAGAAGUUUUUUCUUCCUGUUGGGUAUCCAUCUAGUGUUAGCAAUGAUUAUUUAGAAUAUCAAAUUUGGGACACUAUACAGGCAUUUGCCAGCAGUAUCACUGGUGCUCUUGCAUCACAAGCAGUUUUAAUCGGUGUAGGUGUUGGGAACUCAUCAGCUACCAUAUUAAGUGCUAGUUUAACGUGGAUGUUUAAAGAUGGUUCAGGUAUGAUUGGAAGAAUUAUAUUUGCUGGUUAUCAUGGAAUUAAAUUAGACUGUGAUUGCAAAUUUUGGAGAUUUGUUGCUGAUAUCUUAAACGAUUGUGCUUUAUUCCUUGAACUAAUUUCUCCACUAUUCAAUGAUAUGUUCACACCGUUACUUUGUCUUGCUAAUGUACUUAAGUCUUUAGUUGGUGUCGCUGGUAGUGCAACACGUGCAGCUAUUGUUCAACAUCAAGCGAUCAAUAAUAAUUUAGCUGAUGUAUCAGCUAAAGAUGGUAGUCAGGAAACCUUAUCUAAUUUGUUGGCAUGGUUACUUAACUUUAUUUUGUUAUAUAUGGUGACCGGUAAUCAAUUCUGUAUUUGGUUCUGUUUUAUUUGUUGUACUAUUGUACAUUUAUAUUCUAAUUAUCGUGCUGUAAAAUGUUUGAAAUUACGAACAUUCAAUCGUACACGUUUUCAUUUAGCUAUACAACAAUGGUUUGAACAACAAUUUUGUCAUGUUUUCAUGUUAAAUAAUAAUAAUGAUAUGAAUAAAAUACCUGAAUAUCUUCUAGUGAAUAAAUCAUUUCCAAAUGUUAUAUGGGUUAAUGAAUGUGAACCUAUCUUAUAUAAAACUGAUCAAUCUACAAUUAUAAUGGGUUGUUCAUUGUAUAAAUUACCUAUUGAAGGACAGAAAUUGCUACCUCAUUUGAUAGGAUUAUGUGAAAAAAAACAAUUACAUUUUGUAUUGUUCGAAUUGGGAAUACAUUCAACAAGGCAACUCAAUUAA